CGAAUAAAUAAUUCAAUAAAAAUGCACUCUCUAAGAGUGUAAUGUCGCGUUUGUUUCCCGGAUUUACACAAUGAACACGAAACAUAAAAAAAAAUUGCGUGAAAGUCUAGAGCUUUUUCCAAUAAAGAGAAUCCUUUUUUAAUUAUUACAUUAUGGUUAACGAAUAGAACUAGUAAUUUUUUUGUGUAAGAGUAACCACAAUAUGGAUUCGAACACGUCAUCUCUUCAAGUACUCCAGGCAGCUUUCGAGUAACUUAUUAUGCCACCUGUAGCAGCUGUGCCGGUUGAUUUAGCUGUGAAAGUAUUAAAAAAAUACAUUGCUCAUUUCGCCAAUGAUGAAUUUCCACAAUGGAAGUCAGAAAUCUGGAAAAAAAUUGCAAACGAUCCUGAGCUGGAGGGUAAAUGGUCUAUUGGUAGCGUAAGAACGAAUGUUAGAGAAGAUAGAAGAGGCAUUUUGAGUGAAGCCAGAAGACAGUGUGGUAUCACUGUAAAUAUCAUAUCUAAUAAAAAAUCAAACGUAAAUGAAAAUUGUGACAUCUCCAAAGAGUCACAUGAAGAUUGUGACGAGGAUAAUUUGAAUGAAGAAUCAGAUUCUGAGAACGAUGAUAUUCAUAAGCAUGAACGUUUUACCGUAGAAAUUUCCCGGGAUCUAUGGAAUGAAAUACACAGCCUUGAGCCUCUGGUUUACAAAGGUCGAAAAUAUGUUGGGUUUAAACCCAAGGUGUGGACCAAUGCAGUAUCUAAUGCUUUUUGGAAGCAGCACCAUUUAAAGUGUGCUUUCGUGUUUAAAAGAGGCAGAAUUACACAACAUGGAAGAAGUUAUGCGACUAUAAUCGGACGCUGUCGAGCUAAAGAUUGUCACAAUCCAGUGAAAGGAAUAAUUAAAGACUGUCCAGGAGAGGUCGGGCCCGUAUAUAUUGAAAUGUUUUGUCGUGAUACUCGUUUCGUAAAACACGAAGAUGUCAAAAGACCCCUUAACGGAACAGAACGUCUGAAAGUGCAAGCAGAACUUUUGAAAACUCAUGCUUCUGCUUGGAGGAAGGAGAAAGCCAAAGAUAAUAUAGAUCCGGGAGAUACUGGUUCGCCGUUUGUAUAUAAUCUGAAUACUCUGCAUCAAGCAAAGAAAGAAACUAACAUCAAGAAACUUGGUAUUAAAACUGAUGACAUGCGAGACAUGAUUUUAGCGAUUAGAAACAUGUAUGUUGAUCCGUCUUAUGUUAAUUCUAUUUUGGCGAUUGGUGAUACACCAUUUUAUGUAUUUUAUGCAACUCCAACUGCAAUAUAUUUCUUGAACUUAUAAAUAAUUAUCAUUUCAACAAAAACAGAUUUUGUCUGCAUUACAUUUACAUUUUUUGAACUACGUAAUGAAUUUAGGAAUUUUUAAUUUUAUUAUAAAAUACAAGUAUCAUAACUAUCUCCUAUUGCAUGGUAAUGAAUAGUAUCAUUUUAAUACGAAAGUUGUUCUCCUAAAAUAUUCUUAGAAUAAUUAGAAAUCACUGAAAUUUCUAUAUGCUUGUUAAUAUUCAAUAUCAUUAAAAAAAACUGAAUUUAUCAAAACCGCGCUAAUUGUACUUUAACGACUAAUUGGCCGUCUUCACUGACAUUUUUUUGUUGA